AGCGAAGAACGAUUCUUCAUUCGAAGUCCGUCAGAAUCGAAUCUCGAUCAUCGCCAACCGGGUUCCAGGGCUCGAAAAUGUACCGUUGUUGACCUACAAAGUAGAAGUUGACGUCCUUUCUAACUUCGCCAGUUCCCUAGCGUAAAGCUCACGAUCCAAUGUCGAAAAAGCCUACAAAGGGCAAAGCUAUGCCAGUGAAAGCCCCGCCGGCAGUGAACUUUUGAUCAAUUUGACAAACGGUUUACAUUCAAGUUAAAUUAUGCCUUCGACUAAAGUGACAACAACCGGCAGCGGGGUAAACAAACAUUGGUGGCUGGCGUUUGGAGUUGUUGUUACACUUUCUUUUGCGACAAGAUUUUGUAAAGUCACUGAACCAGAUCAUGUCUGUUGGGAUGAGACACAUUUUGGAAAAAUGGGAAGCUGGUAUAUCAAUAGGACUUUUUUCUUUGAUGUUCACCCACCUCUUGGAAAGAUGUUAAUUGCGGCAUCUGGCUACCUUACUGGCUAUGAUGGCAGUUUUCCAUUUGACAAGCCUGGUGACAAAUAUGAAAAUGUAAAAUAUGAAGGAAUGCGAAUGUUUUGUACAUUCCUUGGAGCUUGUAUUGCACCACUUUCUUUCUUGAUUAUUUGGGAACUCUCGUUGUCCCUCAAUUCAGCUAUUUUGGGUUCCAGUUUAAUCAUAAGUGAUGUGGGAGUAUUGACUCUUACACAAUACAUAUUGCUCGAUCCAAUUUUACUUUUUUUCAUUAUGGGUGCAACAUAUGGAAUGAUUAAAUUUUACAAUGCUCAUUUAUGGUCUUUUACAUUAAACUGGUGGUUUUGGCUUUGUUUUACUGGCUUUAUGCUGGCCUGUGCCGUUAGCACAAAAUUUGUCGGGGUGUUUGUUGUCAUACUUUGUGGCUUACUAACCAUUUCCCAGCUUUGGGAAAUCUUUGGGAAUCAAAAACAUUCAAUGACUUAUAUACUGAAACAUUUCACUGCUAGAGUUGUUGGGUUGAUUCUAUUACCGGCAUUAGUGUACAUUUGUUUUUUCUAUAUUCAUCUACAAAUUUUAAGUAAAAGUGGCAAUGGUGAUGGAUUUUUUAGCUCUGCAUUUCAAGCUCAGUUGGAAGGAAAUUCUUUGCAUAAUGCUAGUAUGCCAAGAGAAGUGGCUUAUGGAGCCAUUGUUACACUGAAAAAUAAAAGGACUGGUGGGGGUUAUUUACACUCCCAUUGGCACUUGUACCCUGAAGGAGUUGGAGCAAGGCAACAACAGGUCACCACAUAUACACACAAAGAUGAAAAUAAUAAAUGGCUCAUCAAACCAUUUGAACGUGAGCCGAACACAAGCAAAAUUGAAUUUGUUCGCCAUGGAGAUCUAAUAAGAUUGGAACAUGUGCCAACCAAGAGAAAUCUACAUUCACAUAAAGAGCAUGCUCCGAUCAUGAAAAAACAUUAUCAAGUCACCGGUUAUGGUGAAAAUGGCAUAGGUGAUCCUAAUGAUGUGUGGAAAGUUCAAAUUGUAAGUGGAGGAGUUUCUGGUGUGUUGACUACUGUAACAACAAAAAUUAAACUGAUCCAUUAUUUAAAUUUGUGUGUACUGACAACAACUGGUAAACAACUGCCGACAUGGGCUUAUGAACAGCAAGAAGUAACUUGUAAUCCCAAUUUAAGGGAUCCUUAUGCAAUUUGGAACAUUGAGGAAAAUACAUUUGCCUUAUUGCCUAAUGUCAAUUUUGAAGUCUAUGCAUCUGGCUUUAUUGAAAGAUUCUUAGAAUCUCAUGCAGUAAUGCUUCAGGGAAAUGCUGGCUUGAAACCGAAAGAGGGAGAAGUCACUUCAAGACCCUGGCAAUGGCCAAUCANUAUAGGGUAAAAUGGUCAAUUCUUCUCUGGUAACGGUUAUAGAAUAUACCUGCUCGGCAAUCCUAUUAUUUGGUGGGGCAAUAUUGUUUUCCUUGUCACCUUUGUCGGUUUAUUUUCUUUGAACGCAAUACUUAAACAGCGUGGUUAUGGUUGGGUUUUGCUAAAUCCAGAAUCUGACGCUAUUGUCCUUAGAAGUUGUUUAUGGCUUUUUGUUGGUUGGGCUCUACAUUACAUACCAUUUUGGGCAAUGGGUAGAGUUUUGUAUUUCCAUCAUUAUUUUCCUGCACUUCUCUACAGUACAAUGUUGUCAGGGGUUAUAAUUACUUAUAUCAUUGAAAUAAUAGGACAAACAUUUCUGUCAAAAUGUCCCAAAUUAUCCUAUUCUCUUUUUGGGUUGUGCUUAGCUACAUCGUAUUAUAGUUUUUAUCAAUUCUCACCUCUGGCAUACGGAAUGUCCGGUCCUUAUUCUCACGAACAAAACAGUACCAUGUAUGGACUGAAGUGGAUGGACUCUUGGGAGUUUUAACUGGAAUGUACUUAAUUAUGUGAUUUGUAAUUUAAGCUCACAAGAAAGUUCUACUGAAUUUCAUGUCAUAUAAUGUUUUGUAGGUUUUAAGUUCAUGUAAUUUUUAUUGAAGUUUUUUAUAUUGUUGGUGUCAUUCAGUAUAAAGCUAUAAGACAACUUAAAUAUGUAUAUACAUAAUUUUACAAAACGUGUAUAACAGUACUUAUGUAUUUUUUACUCUUACUGUUUAGUUGUUAACUGUAUGUAUUAUGUUUUGACAUCCCACCAGUGUAAUUAUCAUUUUAUAAUUACUGUAUUGAAUAUACAAACUGAUAAAAACAAAUUGUUUAAAGUGAACAAUUAAAUAAUUGUUUUUACUGAUAAUUUUGAAAGGAUUUGGGAUGAGUGUGGAAGACUGCCGUAUAAAAACUAUUUUUUUUGUAAUCUCAAGAUUUUUGUGUACUUAGCAUAAACGUAAUGUAAAUUCAUUUAAAAUUGUGGUGAAUAGACCAUUUAUUUAUGUGAUAAGACAUGAAACAUGGAAGAAUACUCAUGUAACCCUAAUAAUUAAUCAUAAGUCUGGACUUGGAUUGGCCUCAUUUUCGUAUUUGCACAAAAAUGUUGUAAAUGUCCAAUUAAAUUGUAAGUAAUUAAUUAUAUUGAUUUUUCUAUUGGGAAGAAAAAAGUUGUUAACUACUUUUAAUUGAAAAGGAUGAUUGAAGAGACUGUUGUCUGGACCAAUUUUUUAUAUUUUUUAUUCAAAUUAAGAGCUAUAAAUCUAUGCAAUAUGGUAUUUCUUAUGCCAAUAUUUACAUUAUGGGAAGGCCGGAAUGUGGAAUAUAAUUGAUAUUUUUCUUCUAAAAACUGUUGAUAAAAUAUGUACUUAGAUUUUUAAUUUGUUGACGA